AUGGGGAGGGGGAUUUGUAUGCAAGCAAGGAACAUGUUGGGUCGAGCUUCUGAUCAUAUGGCAAUGGACCAUUAUGCUCCUCAAUCUCUAAAGCUUAUGUUUCGCUCAAUUGAAUUUCCUCCCCUCAAUGCACGUCGCUGCCUAAGUCCAAGUGACCAAAAGUUCUUCAAAUCAAGCCAUCCCGCUUGUAAAACAAAUAGGUUUGAUUGUGUUGGGUCAAUUGAGGGUUGGUUGAUUAUGGUUGAUAAUCAAUUUUGGCAUCCAGAUGGUUUCAAUAAUUCCAUAAACAUUCCAUGGUCUUUGUUCCACUUGCUUCACAACAGCCGCAAGUGUUUGAACUUCUUCUUCGACCCGAAAUACGAGGACCGGGUGAUGCUCCCGUCGCAGUCCACCGUCCCGUGCCAUGGCAGCAACCAACCAAACUUCUUCAAGAAAGUGGUGGCCUCUUCGUCACCAACAGCAAGCCAGGAUUGUCUUGUGGCUGCUCUUUGCUCGGGAGGCCGUCUGGCGUUCUGUACACCGUCCGAUCAAUCAUGGACACUCAUUGAUCAAGGCAGCGCUAGAGGGGUCGAGUUUUGCGACGUGGAAAUCAUUGAUGGGAAAUUGCACGCUGCAUUGAGUAACGCACCGGAGCUUUUGAUGGUGUUUAAAAUCGAAAGCGGUGCGAAUCGGCCACGUACCUAUUUUGCUCAAUAUUUGGUCAGGCUUGAGCCCGUGCCAAUUCCUUCACGUGCUACCACAAAGGAUGGAGGGCAAGAGGGUUCUGCAUUGAAGGAGUUGUUUAUGAAGAAUGUUCUUCAUCGGAAUUACAGCUUCGAUCUUGAGGAGGAGGAGGAGGAGGAGGAGAAGGAUCCAGUAGGGUUUGGACCUGGAAAUCUCAGGAGAGUGAUCAAACAAAACUGGUUAAACAUCCAGCGGAUGCAACAUCAAGCUCAGGGUGGCCCAGGCUCACCUCAAGCUCUUGGCCUACUUUGCUUAGUUAAAUAA